ACCAAAUUUGUUUCUCCUUUUGGUCAGAAUCUUCAAGAAACUGAAACAAAGAAAAUGGUAUUCAGUUGCAUAGACGAGAGCUCUUCCACUUCAGAAUCUUUUUCACCCGCAACCGCAACCGCAACCGCAACCGCCACAAAGUUCUCUGCUCCUCCGCUUCCACCGUUACGCCUCAACCGGAUGAGAAGCGGUGGAAGCAACGUCGUGUUGGAUUCAAAGAAUGGCGUAGAUAUUGAUUCACGGAAGCUAUCGUCGUCAAAGUACAAAGGCGUGGUUCCUCAGCCCAACGGAAGAUGGGGAGCUCAGAUUUACGUGAAGCACCAGCGAGUUUGGCUGGGCACUUUCUGCGAUGAAGAGGAAGCUGCUCACUCCUACGACAUAGCCGCCCGUAAAUUCCGUGGCCGUGACGCCGUUGUCAACUUCAAAACCUUCCUCGCCUCAGAGGACGACAACGGCGAGUUAUGUUUCCUUGAAGCUCACUCCAAGGCCGAGAUCGUCGACAUGUUGAGGAAACACACUUACGCUGACGAGCUUGCGCAGAGCAAUAAACGCAGCGGAGCGAAUACGAAUACGAAUACGACUCAAAGCCACACCGUUUCGAGAACACGUGAAGUGCUUUUCGAGAAGGUUGUCACGCCUAGCGACGUUGGUAAGCUAAACCGCCUCGUGAUACCUAAACAGCACGCGGAGAAAUAUUUUCCGUUACCGUCACUGUCGGUGACUAAAGGCGUUCUGAUCAACUUCGAAGACGUGACGGGUAAGGUGUGGCGGUUCCGUUACUCAUACUGGAACAGUAGUCAAAGUUACGUGUUGACCAAGGGAUGGAGUCGGUUCGUUAAGGAGAAGAAUCUCCGAGCCGGUGAUGUCGUUACUUUCGAGAGAUCGACCGGUUCAGACCGGCAGCUUUAUAUUGAUUGGAAAAUCCGGUCUGGUCCGAGCAAAAACCCUGUUCAGGUUGUGGUUAGGCUUUUCGGAGUUGACAUCUUCAACGUGACAAGCGCGAAGCCGAGCAACGUUGUAGACGCGUGCGGUGGAAAGAGAUCUCGGGAUGUUGAUAUGUUUGCGCUACGGUGUUCCAAAAAACACGCUAUAAUCAAUGCUUUGUGACAUUUCCUUUUUCAUUUUUAAUUUAAUAUUUGUCAAGUUGUAGUAGGAUGUGAAUCUUGUGUUUUUUUUUGUUUGUCAAUGAAUCUUGUGGUUAUUCUUGCCAAAUUAGCAAAAGAGGAGAAGAGUGUUUUUUUUUUC